CUUAACAGGUAUAAUAAAUGAACAAUUGCAUUCCACUAAAAAUAUUUGAAAACAAACAUUACAAAAAUAACUGAUGAAAACACGGAAUUUCCAUGUUUAUUCUUCUUGAGUGAUGAUGAACUCAAACUUAUCGUCACUGAUGUACAAUGCGUUCACAGAAUGUAGUAUUUUAUCUAUUUUUAACGUCGCUGGUUUUGCUGUUGUUUGUGAUAUACACGUACCACUCGAAUGUCACAAAACUCGAUAAAUUGUCAACCCUUAAAGUUCCAAAGAAGUAUUUAAAACAAUGUAAGGCUGGUUCUUACUAUUCACAGGUCAAUACAUCAUGUUUGCCCUGCGAGCCAGGUACGUUUAGUUUUGAUGGAUGGAUCGGUUGCCAUCCUUGGUUGAACUGUUUUGAUAUUGAGGCAAGUGUACGAACGAGAGGAUUGCUCAGCAGAGCAAGCCAUUAUAACGCCGUCAAACACAUCUAUCUUGCUGACUGGCAUGGCUUUAAGAUUGUGUACGUUAAGUGUGCGAGUAGGAUGUUCUGGGACGAUUGUGAACAUAAUGCAAAGAUGGUUAGAGGAUUUCAGCAGAGUAAACUGAUUGUGCAGCUUCUUGGUUACUGUGAUGAAAAACAGGAGAUAAUUACAAGACAUUACAAAUACGGCUCUGCUGACAAACUGAAUGUGGUUCUUGCACAUCAGGACUUUUCCAUUGAUGAAGAAUUACAUAUUCGGUUGCAACUAGCUGGGGAUUAUUUACGAAUAUUGAAGUUUUUACACAAUAGCCCAUUAGGUGUUCGUGUCAUGUGUGAUGCAAACGACUUGAUAAAAUUGCUCUCGCAAUUUCUUAUAACUGACGACUUUCAUCUUGUUGUUAACGACCUGGAUGCAUUACCCAAAGUUGAUCGUACUUUGAAUGAGUUUGUGAAAUGUGGCCAUCAUGAGCUGAAUGGGUGGUUUGUAGCACCAGAACAGCUCUGGCCAUUUGAAGAUGCACCUUUUGAUGAUUCUAAAAUGCUUCCAUAUGAUGAAAAGGUGGAUAUAUGGAGAAUUCCCGAUGUUCUUGUGUGGUUUCUUGGAGAUACUCUUGAAGCUUUAAAGAUUAAGGCAAAACUAAAGGAUGUGUUUACCAGCUGUAAAUCAUACAAUCCAAGACUUCGGCCAAGUGCCGGCAAGGUUCUUGAAAUCUUUCAAGAAAUCAUCAAAUAAUUUGUGAGUUCAAAUGGUAAAAACAAGUUACCUUUUAUUGAAAGAUCAAUUUAUUACAAAAUGGUCAAAUUCUUGCGAAAGGAGUUCAUUCAUGCUUGAUGGUGAACAUAUCUAAUCUUCUAUCCUAACUGGACUGCUCUUCAUUACUAUUCACAUUCUUUUACAAAAAUUUUUCCAACAUAAAAAGGUUGAAAGUGAAUGAAUAUGAAGCAUUACGGAAUAGCUAUCUUCAUUUUAGUAUCGUCCGCUGCGAGUGUUAUAUCGUCUGCUUGACUAAUGGGAAAUAAAAGAGAACAUGGAUAAGGAUUUGAAUAACUGAACAAAACAACACAAUUUCUUGACACUUACAUCUCGCGAUCGAGGCAAUGUUGAAGACUGAAAAAUAAAAUAUCAGAGAGGCA